UUCGAAUUGAUCCCAAAUUCGACCCGGUUUCAUCUGAUUUCUGUACUGAAUCCCUCACAUCCUCACCAAUGGGCCUUUUCUGAAGCUUUUUUCUUUUUGCCGGAAUUCAUCGUAGCUCCGUCGGAGGUGGUGGAAAUCGCUGCUCUCAAGCUCAUCGGAAAAGUUCAGCUGAUAAUUGAAGGAUCUCGUGGACAUGGCAACGUAUUUAUGGAGGAAAUAUGCAGAUUAUGUAUACACAAAAUGGGAAAAGACGCUCCUCUGGGAUAUGGUAGAACCAUUUAGGAGACCAAAAUCGUUUACUCCUCUUGUUACUAUCUACGUAUGUGCAUUUUAUACAGGGGUUAUUGGAGCAGCCAUCACUGAACAACUCUACAAGGAGAAAUACUGGGAAGAACACCCUGGGCAAGAAGUGCCUCUGAUGAAACCAAUGUUUUAUGGUGGCCCUUGGAGAGUAAUGAGAGGUGACGUUCCUCCUAUGGGGAAGUUCGAUCUCUGAGCUGCAGUCAGUUAGAUAGUUAUUAGGCAUCCAACAUAAGCUCUAGGAGAAGGAAAACUAUCACAAUGGCAAAGGUACUACAACACGCGAUGUGUGAUAGAUACACAUGAGUUCAACUCUUGCCAGGGAACCAAGUCUAUUAAGUAGAGAGGAGUGGAAGGGCAAAUCCAUUAUCCACCAAUUCCGGAACUGGUACGUAACAAAAGAAAGGUACCAUUUUUCUACAGUUGUUGUGCAUUUAUAUUUGAACUAUCCUCUCUUGUAAAGAUUAUAAUAUAGGUUUCCAAAUUUUAUCGAUACCUAUUUUGGUCCUUCCCUGUA